AUCCCUUUAGUUGGGUCUGUUUAUCUUAAAUCCUUUGUACGUUUUUUUAAAUUUAACACACCCUACAAAUUUUCAAGCCUCUGAUUAGUUUCAGAUUGAUCUAGAAUUCUUGUGUUAGACCAAACAGCUGGCCUACCCUUAUCGGCCAUCCAUUGUUCCGCAAUUCGAUUAUGGCAGAACUCUUACAGUGAAAUGGUUUAACAAACUUUGAUUACAAUUUAAAUACGAAGCUAUUGUUAUCCAAAUUUAUUUAAGAUGAUAAUAAGUAGCACAGAACCAUUUACAAACAGACAACCGUACGUCGAGUUAGGUGCAUAUUAUUUCUGCAACAUGCAGCUUCUGUUCUUUUUUGUCAGUUUGCUGAUUGUGGAAGGUGCAUUUUCAGAACCUGCUGCAAGGAAACUGAAAGAAGUUCCCGCAAAAGAAUCGGUCAGAUUAGCAGAAGCCAUAGCAGAAGCAGAAACAGAAGAAGAAAUCAAAACUGUAUUACAAGAAAUGCUUGAAAACGAAAAAAAUAGCGAAGAAAGAGACGAAAGUGAAGAAUACCGACAAGAUGGAGAAAAGAGAAGCACUCUAAGAGGCAAAAGUGGAGAACGCCGACAAGAUGGAGAAAAGGGAAGCACUCUUAGAGGCAAAAGUGGAGAACGCCGACAGGAUGGAGAAAAGGGAAGCACUCUAAGAGGCAAAAGUGGAGAACGCCGACANGAUGGAGAAAAGGGAAGCACUCAAAGAGGCAAUAGUGGAUAGAAAAAAGGGGGAAAAGGAGGUGAAUAGAAAAACAUGGAAUCGAUAAAAAAGGAAACAAGGCGUAAUAACAAAGAAAAAAUUCCAUACCAUCUAUUGAUACGUUACUAGAACUGUACAACAUUUGUUAGAGGUUUUAUAGAAUAUUAUAUACAAGGUUAUAUAGAUUAUUAUAUAGAACGAAAAUAUUUGAUAGUUAUUGUUUUGGCGUAUUUAUUUAGAUGUAAUGGCUAGGUAUGAAAUAAAAGAGCAUUUUAAAACCAA